AUGGCGAACAAGUUUGGCUUGGGUUCUUUAGCUUUAGAAACUAAAAAACCUAACACUACGGCGUGGAUAAAUAAAGUGAAAUGGAUCAAAUCGGAGACACUCUUCAAGGUAAAAGUUGAAUCAAUAUUCUUCAGACAAGAUGCAACAUUAAUUAAUCAAUUAUUUAACGCUCGUAAAGUUCUUCAGUUUAUCAUUGGUACAGAAAAUGUAGAAACUAAAGAAUUUGAAAUUAACGACGAAAACAGCAAGGAUAAACACUUAUAUGAAAUUAAAACGAGUGGAAAAUAUAUAGAUAGAUUGGGUAGUUUUAAUAUGAUAUUGGAAACGGAAAGUCCACCAUCUACAAGUAUUAUUAGAAAUGCAGAACCACAAAAGGAAGUAAAUAUGAGUUAUGAGUUAUUACGAACGACAGACUUUGAAUACGUCAAACUAUAUUUUGUUAAUAAUAGUUAUUCAUUCGAAUAUACCUCUUCAACUGAUUUAUUUACCUCAAUCGAUAUUCAUAAAAGUCAACAAAAUAAAGAAUUUAUAAUAUUUUCAUCAAUAAUGGAACGUAAUGGUAGAUUAGAAGUUGGAGGUUUUACAUCAAAACAGAAAUCUCAUUACAAAAAGAAAACAGAAAUUUUAAAUAUAUAUCUUAAUAAAUUAUUCAUAUUUUUCGAAAGAUCGAGAGAAGAUAAGAACAUAAGCAUUGAAGAAUUAGAAGAAUUCAAUGAAAUUUUUUAUAAAUUUGAUGUAGAAAUAUCAUCAAUAAAAGUGAAAAAUUCCUAG